GCAACGCGCCACCUCUACCUGCACGUGGCGGACGACGAAUGCUUCUCUGGCUCCAACGACAUGGCCAUUGUGGACGACUUGGAGGUCACGCAGCCCUCGCAGCUGCUGAAUUGUCGACUUCCGCCAGCCGUGUGCCCGUUGUUUAAUGUCAGCUGGUACCAGCGGGACAAACUCCUCUUCAACCUUACGGCUUCUACUGGAAAAGAAGUCGUGAAUGGCUUCGAAGCCUGGCCUCUGUCGAGCCGAUUCUCGACCAUAAUGGUUCACAACAAGAAGAUGAUCGACGCGGGUUUAUUCUAUUGGUGCCAGGUGCACACGCGCGCUGGUCUGGACUCCCGUUCCAUGGUCGCUACGCUGUCUCCAGGCCCAGCCUUGGACACCUCGUGCCGAGCUGACGUCAAAGUCAAUGAUAGCAGCGUGUCGAAGGGCGACUCGGCCUCCCUGCAGUGCCGAGCGAGUCUGCCUGAGUCGUGCCUCGUCUACAGUCUCACCUCCAGUAUCACGUGGUUCUGGGAGACGGAGCUGCUGAUGACCAUGGACGAGCAAGGCACACGGCGCGGUGCAGGGCCGCGGGCAGCCAGGGCCCAGAUGAAGUUCUCGGGCACCAGCUCGGAGCUCCAAUUGAGCGGCGUCACGAUGGACGAUGGAGGAGUCUACCGGUGCCGCGUCGAUCUGCACAACGGCAGCUACAGUGACGUGGCCUUCCUCGAAGUUGUGGAGUGGCCCGUGGGGACUCCCACGGUGACCGCCGACCCCGACUUCGCCGUGGCCGUGGAGGGGUCCCGGGUCGAGCUGCGGUGCCACGAGCUGAACGGCUCCCUCCCCGUGGAGUUCUCGUGGCUGCGAGCGACUCCCGGGGAUGACGAGACGCUGGCGGGUGAGGACUCGGAGACUCUGGCGCUCACGUGGAGCGAGCAGAGCGGCUUCUACCGGUGCCGGGCGAGCAACUGGGUGAAAGGAGUUCGCAAAGACGCGACGAGCGACGCGGUCGAAGUGCGGCUGCUGCGCAUGCCGGGCCAGUUGGGGAAGCUGGCCGGCGCCGUGCUGCCCGCCUACCUGCUCAUCGCCGCCUUCGUCGCGGCCCUCGCCGUGCUGGUGAUGAGGAUUCGCAGCGACCCUUCCUCCGUGGUGGGCUUCACGAAGAUUGUGCAGAAUGCAUACAGCGGUGAUGGAGGAGGAAGAGGAGCGAAAGAGACAUCUCAGCCAGACGGCGGCCGCCACCGAGGCAAAAGCGCAGCAGCGAAAGCAGCGAAAGCAGCUCAAGCAGCUAAAGAGGAUCCCGAAGAUUACUACACGAGCCUCAUGCCCACCGGCCAGAAGGCCUCCGCGGCCCGAGGCAUCACGCCGUUGCCCAACCCGCCCAGUGGUCAGGCCCUCACCACCGUGUAAACCACAGGCGGCCUGGGUCACAUUUGUAUCGGAGCUGGGUCAAUUUGUAUCGGAGCUGACUGGGUGGCCCCAGAGGUGAUGAGGACGCUGAGUGGGAAGCGCUGAGAAUCUGGGUUUCAAUUCUGGGUUCCAAGCUGCAGGGCCACCAGCGAUUACACCAGGAUCUCAAAGUGUAGCCCGGUCACCAAUGACUCGCACAGUAAUCCAUAGACUCGGAUAGAAUCCCAUUGACUCACAUAGAGACCCCAUAGGCGUAUAUAGAAACCCACAGACUCGCGUUAACCGAGUCGCGAUUAAACCGGGAUCUCGAGUGCAGCGAGUUGAUGGUCUAAGUCUGGUCAGCAAUGACUCAGAUAACACUGGUCAACAACAACAACAAAAAAUUUCUGGCCUGGACUUUUGCAGCUGUUUUAUACUAAUUUCAGGGUGCUGAUUCCAAAUAUGAUCUCAGAUUUGCUCUAUCACAUCUCAUUUUUUGCUAUUGGCAUACCCCAUUUUCAUUGAUUUUACCCGAAAUUAACUCUGUCACUUAUGAUUGCAAGUUGUUGCGAGUCAGUGAUUGCUUUAGUGUUAAAAUAUGGUGCAAUAUUUGAUAUCUCAAAAACCUGAUGUGAUAGACAAAAACUGAUGCCAGAUUUGGAAUCAACACCCCAAAAUUACCUUACAACCGUUGGAAUACCUGAUGCCAGAAAAAGUGUGUUGACCAGUGUAAUCAUAGACUCUCAGCUGUUAUCAAGAAUAAAAUCACUGCUGAUAUCAUGACCAUAAUCGCAGCAGUUAUCAGGGCUGUAAUCUCAGCUGUUGUCCCGGCUAUACAUUUCGAAUCUUCAUUUAUAAGAUCGGUUCUCAAUCCGGUCUCCUGUCAAUCACUCUGUGACGAACAUGUCACUUCCUUGGUCCUCGGAGGAAUCGGUAGUUCGUUCCCUGUUGGUCGAUGCAAAUCAGCAAGUGUGGACUAUCCACUGCUGGGCGCCACGGUGGCGAGAUGUGAACUACCUCGUCGAGUAUACAGGAAGUUCUUCCCUUUAUUAAUGCUACCCCUAUCCCCCUCCCUGUGAUGCUGCUAAUCCUGCAUCAUGCACGGGCAAAGUAGCACUAAUCACAUAUCUGCAUUUCCCAUAUCCCCUCCCUUGGAUGCUGCUAAUCCUGCAUAAUGCACUUACACAAGUAGUACUAAUCACAUACCUGCAUUUUUCAUGGGUAUGCUGGAUUCCUCUUGAUAUGCAAAUUAUUUUGUCAAGGCGCCCCCUUCCCCCCCCCCUUCCAACCUAGCUUAUAUAUAUGCUCCAAGCAUGUGUGCUGUUUCAUUCAGACGCUGUCGCCUCGACAGACCUGGUUUCACCUGAGGACGGCUACUUGCGUUGUGGCCGAAACGUCGUGAGAAUUAUUUUAUUAUGUUUUCUUUUUUAUUAUUUUAUUACUUCCCUUCUACGUGACUUUACCGAAAAAAACAAGAAGAUUUAUAAUCAACUUGCACUCAGAGUAUUUGACUGCCAUACAUGAUAAGCCACUUCGUUGAGCUAUAAUUUGUGACCAGUUCGUUUAUGAAUAAGUAUAACCCGUAAAAACAAAGUUUUUCACUCUAAAUCCUUUAUAUGCGUGGCAGCUAGAGUCCUCUCGUCCUCUGGCUUGAGAUGGCUGCCACCUAUGGGUCAGAUGAUUGUCUGCAUUAUUAAACAAUUGGUAAUUAAAUAUUUAAUUUGUUUUCCCUAAACAGUGUAAAAUUUUGGAAUUUUUUUUUCGCGAACAUUAAUUGUCUCGCACAACGAGUCUGUGUGCAAAAUGUCAGCUCGAUUGGAUCACGGGAAGUGGGUUAAAAAACGACCGAAAGGUUUGCACGGUCGUAAGCAAGCAAGCACGCAAGCAAGCGAACUUAAUAUAAAG